AUGGAUGUGGAUGAAAAUGCGGCCGAAAAGUUUCGUUGGAUUCGACUAAACUGGACUUUUGGAAGGUUUUCAUUCAAUCUACGGUUUAAUCCAGUCGUUACGUUCGUCUCAGCUGCGAUCAUAUGGUCCUUCGUGAUCUGGUGUUCGGUGGACGCCGAUGUUGCGUCAAAGGAAUUGACUAGUUGGAUGAAAUGGAUAACGUACACGUGUACAUGGAUGUACAUCGGGACGCAGGACGUCUGGGCCAUCUUCAUCGUCGUCCUUUACUUUUCCAAAUACGGCAAAAUGAAACUGGGAAAACCGGACGACAAACCGGAUUUUAGCGACGCAACAUACUUCACCAUGCUUUUUGCGGCUGGGAUUGGAGUUGGGUUGUUCUAUUUUGGCGUUGGUGAGUGUUUUAAUUAAAGUGAGAUCCUUCGUUUUUUGGAACAUUUUCUCCUAAACUGCCUAACGUAUUUUAAUGAGUUUUCUUCAGAGGAAGGUAUUUGUUCUUAAAUCGCAACGCAGUUGUGACUAACAUUCAAAAAAUAUUCGGCAUAAGUGAAAUGUAUUCUAUUAGUCCCUUCCAGUUUUUACUGUUCCAAUUUCAAGUCGUUUUCUCCUAAGCAAAUUUACAUGUAAAAAAUCGAGCCUGCACGCCGACGGCCAUUUCGUAACCACGGGCACUGUCUGCAACCACCAAUGCUGCGCCGAAAAAUUAACAGCUGAAUUAAUACGACACAUUUCUUAGUUUACUGUUUCAAAAGUUUACACUGUUUGAAAAGCCUUCCAAGUUUUGCUUCACCUUUAACCCUGAAACGUGCUUAACAGACUGAAUACAAAAUUCUUUGGUUACCAAACCAGUAAAAUGAGAUUUAGCCUAUCUAGGCGAGGUAUUUCAUCCUUUUUUAGUCUGGUAACUUUUCUAAGUAGCGAAAGCCAAAUUAUCGGUAUCGUUCAUGAGCCGUUUUGGUUUGACGCCGGUUUUCCGAGGACGCAAACAAACAAGCAAACAACAACAACAAGAAAAACAAGGAAAACUGGGUUAAGAAGGCUAAGGACUGCCUUGUUCAGGCACAUUUAUUUAUUUAUUUAUUUAUUUAUUUAUUUAUCCGUCUAUCACAACCUAUGGUCAAAGGCCAAAGGAUAAUCUGUAAGAGAGUCCUAAGGGGCCGACCAUUUAACUCUUGAGGGGGGGGUGGGUGAUUUUGAAAAAAAAUUUCCUGCAAGCGCUUGUCGGAAGAAAAAAAUUGCAUGCAGCACAAAUGUAAUAAAGAGCUUAAGGGAAAAAAAGGGAAAAAAAAUAUCCUGCCCACCAUAUUGCUAGAAAAAAAAAUUCUUGAUGACCAGAAAUCACCCACCCCCACCCUCAAGAGUUAAAUGGUCGGCCCCUAAACCCCAUAAAAAAACAGAUCGCCUAUGACCUAAUGCAGAUACUUAAUAAAAAAAACAAAAGCAAAAACAUAUUAAAAGUCACUAAGGAAUUUCUUAACCCUAGACUUUAAAAAAGCUACAUUAUCAGAGCAACGAAUAUCUAAAGGUAGUUGAUUCCACAUUUCAAGGUGAUAGUAGCCGGGAGUACGCCUAGGCAUAAGUCUAGAUUUACCACUGAAUUAUAACGGCAUUAUUAUGGGCCCUGAGUACGGUCAUUAUGUGCGUACUUUCUUGCAAGUGUUAUUGCUUGUAUUAUAAGUUGAGUGAAAAGGAGUACAGUGAAACGUCUAUUAAGCGGACCCCAAAUUAAGCGGACAUCCUCUAUUAAGCGGACACUAAGCCUGGUCCCGAAAGGACCGUCUGAUAUUUCCCUUUAUAACGAACCCCUAUUCAGCGGACACCUCUAUUAAGCGGACGCGGACACUAAAAUAAGUUGUAUUUCGCUAAUUUCUGUUGUUAAACACCUCUAACAUCGGACUGAAUUGACAAUAGUAGUAUUGGAUUACGUCCUUGAAAUACGUGCUGAAGUCGGUUAAUGUUUUUGCAUUUACAAACAAAUUAAAGUUAGUAAUGAAAGGAACUGAAUUUGAACUCUGGUUAGCUUCUUUAACAACAUGUAACUUAUCACAGCACAGAGUAACCGUAGAAUGUUGAUCGUUAAUAGACAUUGCGCAACUUUCUCCAACCUCUAUUAAGCGGACACCCUCUAUUAAGUGGACACUUGGGAAGGCCCCGAAGGUGUCCGCUUAAUAGAGGUUUCUCUGUAUUGUACUUUGACACUUGUCAAACGUUUUCCUCACAUCCAUAUUUUAAGCGAUAUCAACACGACACCGACAUCAGCUGUCUAUGGCUACAAUUUCGCACUGUUUUGAGUUCAGUCGGUGUCGUGUUGAUGUCUUGCAAAGUUAAUUUUCACGUAGUACGAUCAGCAUUGCAGUAUUCUGCUUGCAGAAUUUAAUAUGUCAACCCGUUCAAUGUUUUUAAAAACAAACAUGUGUACCGAAUAUAAACGGGCCCAUUCCCCCCUUACCCAUAAGCUUCAAUGUCAAGAAUACAGUCAGUUUAACCGCAUCUACCGAAAACGAAAAAAUGUGUGUUAUUUUUGUGGCCGGAAAUAGAAAGGCUUAUAACCUUUUUUUAAUUAUUUUUUUCCUUAGGCGAGUAAAAAAACUCACUCCAGUAAAAUUACUGUCAGAACAAAACGGAAAGGUGUUGCCGCGUCGAGAAAUUUUUUAUUAGUUUUGGACUUCGACGUCAAGCCUCCUUCAGGCUCUCAGAUAGUACAGUGUAGGCAUGACGCCGGAGAGUAAAAGACAUCCGAAAAUAUGAGCGCGUGAUCAAAGAAAAGGGAGCGGUGGUUCCGUUUUAUUUUCGUGUUCGCGCUUUCUCAAUUUCGCGGACCCGACCAUCUCGGAGCCCGUGACAGGCUACCUUAUCUCGUUAGAUAGACUUGCAUUUUUUCACCAUUUUUUAAAGGUGUUAUUGAAUGUUGAUUAAAAUGCAAAAAUCGCAAUUGAGUCUGAUUUAUGCGCAAAUUUUCGCGCUAAUGAAUGUAUCUUCGCACUAUUGGUCGCCGUUUCACGUAAAUGAUGGCGUAUUUUGUCGUAAUGAACAGCAAAAGGUGUAUUAAUUUACGUGUUGAAAUCAUGAAUAGUAACGACAAGGAAAGGGGAAACUUGGUCACGCGUUAUAAAUUCGCGUUUGCCGUUAGACGUAAACGUGAUGCUUAGCCUCUAUUCAAAAGUGAAAGCACACUGUGGCAAAAGUGACCACAAUGUUCUUGCAGUAACCUCCGCUGCCACAUACAGCUUUUAUACCACAUUUUCCAGCCGACGAGAAGGGGGGGCUUUCAUUCUAGUUAAACACUGCGAUCGCAUUGUUUAAUGGCCAAUUUGUAGAUGGUGUUAGAGAGGGAAGACGCCUAUUGUUUGUUUUAUCGUUGUUAAUGGUCAUGUUCGAAGGACCGUUUCUUUCGGAGUGCAACAGGACGGUACAAAUUUAACGUCACUUUCAGAAAAAUACUAUCAUAGUAAUCAUACUAUCAAAAAAAUUGAUCACGUGAUCAAAUCAUUUCGCUAUGGAUCAAUACCGCCCCCACUAAAUCAACAACUGGUUCGUUCUUUUUUUCUUGGGUUCUAAGUCAGGGUUUUCGCUACGAGUUGGUACGACAAAUUUAUGGUAUUUUUAUUGUCUUUUCACAGCUGAACCUGUCGUACACUAUGCUUCUACACGUUACUACGACGCCGGAAACCGCUACUAUGGAAGGUAAUCACAAAUUCCCCUUCCACACACAUACCCAAAAGGUUUUUCAACUGUAAAAAAAUUUCAACACAUUUGGUUUUGAACCAAGAUUUACAUGUUUCGACCUUAACACGCAGAAGUAUUUUUCAACUGAAGUGGAAUAAACAAAUCAUAUGCUAUUAAACAGAAGCAGGAGCCCAUACAUGGCUCUUGAUUUCAGAAACUUUGACAAACGACUUAUAGUAAUCCUAGAGGAGGAAAAGAGGAUAAAAGAAGCAUACAAAAGGUGGAGACAAUUUUAAUUAAGUGGGUCGAUUUUCAGUGAGAAUUACAGAUUGAUCAAUUAACUUAAAAGCAAUUUCACAUGGUGAAAAUUUAUGCAUUUAUUGUUUCCGGGUGCAAAACCUUUUUGGGGCUUGGGACCUCUUUUAAACCCCAACAGUCCAAAUAAGUAAACACACACAAAUAAGAACCAAGGGAUUAAGAACCACGUGGGAGAAAUUUGCCACUUUCAUACCCAAAAAUACAAGAACCUGUUUAGCCAAGGAAAAUAAAGCAGGUUCAUAUAUGUUGGGAACAUACUGUACUAAACUGUAUACAAAUUCGGUUAUCAGUUUUGGUAGGGUUAUAAUAAUACAAUUGUGAAUAAAUAAAAGGUUUAUUUAUUUUCCUGGUAAUCAACAAUUUUUUAUCUCCUGGUUAAAAAUUAAGAACCUAAUUAAGAGCCCAUUUGAGAACCUACUCAGCCUAAAUUGACAAUAAGUGAACUACCCCAAAUUACAAGAACCUAUUUUGCCAGAAAAGUAGGUUCUUAUUAGCGAGUGUUUACUGUACUAUCUCUUCAAUCUGAUCUCCAGAAAUUUUCUUAUGUAAAGAAACAUUUUUCAAUUCUCAUACCUGUUCCGUUUAUUGCGUUCGAGGUACGAGAACGCAACCCCUAAUUUGUGCUGGGUGUUCUGUGCAUUAUUGGGAAUCCUGUGCAAUUAAUGAGGGAGGCUUUUUCGUCGUCGUCGACACACAUUUGCCUCGCUUUGAGGCGCUUGCUUACGUUUUGCCUCACUUUGACGCGCUAACUUCGAUUACUCCUAGUUAUGUGUGUAAGUUGUUAAGAGAAAAUUAUGCAUAUGUUGGUCACUUUUAAAGACUGAAAACGUUUCCUUUCUACAGACACAACGACAAUCAACGAGCUCAGGAUGCUAUCAAUUUAACUCUAUUCCAUUGGGGUAUCCAUGCCUGGAUCGUGUAUGUGGUGGUUGGUCUUCUUCUCGCGUUUGUGGGUUACAGGAAAGGCCUUCCUAUGACCAUCCGCUCGUGUUUCUACCCGCUUGUGGGCGAAAAGAUCUUCGGAUGGAUGGGUGACGCCAUAGACAUCCUCUCUGUGUGCUGCACUAUGUUUGGUGUUUGCACCAGUCUAGGAGUAGGUGUCAUGCAGAUGAACACAGGUUUUGAGCGCAUCUUUAAGAAAUUCGAAUACUCAGUCAAAAACCAAAUCAUCCUUAUUUGGUGCGUGACUGCAUGUGCCACGGCGUCCGUUGUCAGCGGACUGAAAGUUGGAAUCCGGAGAUUGAGCGAGAUUUGCUUCAGUCUCGGCGUGUUCCUCAUGUUGAUCGGGCUCUUUUACGAAGAUACCUGGCAUGUCUUUAACGUGUAUGUACAAAGCAUAGGUUAUUACAUUCAGUGGAUCAUCCAACUUGGCUUCCACACAGACGCCUUUGCACAACUUGGAAAUGCACCUGACGGCAAGCAGGCCAAAACGUGGAUGAACGACUGGACCAUCUUUUACUGGGGCUGGUGGAUUGCCUGGUCGCCCUUUGUGGGCAUGUUCAUCGCAAAAAUCUCAAAAGGGCGAACCAUAAGAGAGUUUAUCAAUUGCACUUUGACAGCUCCAAUAAUAUACGCGUUCUUGUGGUUCUGCAUUUUCGGUAGCGCAGGGUUGAAGAUGGAACGAGAUGCUGAGAAGGCCAAUAUCACGUGCUCCUCUACACUAGGAGGUUCUGACAGCGCAGAGGCCGCGAAUGGAUUGUUUAGGCUCUCUUGUAGAAAAACAAACGACAUGUGGUUUGACGUCGUGGGCCAAUAUGGUGACCUGGGGACAUUUCUCUCAGUCUUAUCGCUGGUUAGUAUCAUCCUGUACUUUGUCACCAGCUCUGACAGCGGUUCCCUAGUGAUCGACUGCCUAUCUGCAAACGGUGAUCCGGAGCCACCCACUAUCCAGCGUAUUUUCUGGGCGUUAACAGAAGGCGCCUGUGCCACAUCCCUGCUCUAUGCCGGAGGUAAGAACGGCUUAACUGCCCUUCAGUCCAUGUCCAUAGCAUCGGGCGUGCCUUACACCAUUUUACUCUGCCUAAUGUGCGUUUCAUUAUGGAGGGCGGUAAAGAUGGAAGAAGGUGAUCUUGAUCAAUACGGUCCACAGUUUACCACUGGCUUGUUAGACGUAUUAAGCAACCCGACGUUGCCUAGCAUUCGAAAGGUCCUUAUUGCCGUCGUCGCACCGUGGUAUCCAAUGGGGAAAGCUGCCUUCAAGAUUGGUGGAUCAAAGGGCCAUCAGAGCGUCUACAUGCUAGCCCUUGCGGCGCCGUUUUAUCUCUGGAUUGUCCUGAUGUUCCUUGAGCAUGUCGUUGACGGAAUAUGGACAGUGGCAUGGACAGUGCUGUUUGCAUUCUUUGCCUACGGCACAGCAAUCCGUAAUGCCAUACGUGAGAAAUACAACAUCAAUGGCAACAUGGUUGAAGAUUUCUUUGCAGUAAUGCUUACCUACCCAUUUGCAGCGUAUCAAAUGGAGCAUCAUGUCGAUCACAUCCAUGGUCUCGACUUAGGUGAGCCGUCUCUGACAAAUGGCGUGGCCCACAAGUCCAUUUGCAUGUCUGAAGUGCAUAUCAACCCUCUCGUUGAAAACGACAGCGGCAUUGACAAACCAUCGUCAAACGGCGCGACCUGCCAGGAGGUCGAUGGAGCAAACGAGGACACAUCGGAUAAUGGCCAUGCAACUUCCAAGACCGACCAUUCUAAUGGGAUCGUAAAUGGUGAUGUAGGUAAUUCUGUUAUUGUUAAUCCUCCAUUUGAAGAAGAAAAAUUUUAAAAGCAUCCGAGCUAAAGUCAUGCGUGAGGUAUUGAAAAUACUUGCUGGACUGACCUUGAGCUUAGCUGAUUAGUGCUUUGGUUUGUGUUAUUUUCGUCAAUAGAGACCUUAAGAUUCUAAGACGAGGACGACUACGAGUACGAGAUUU